AUGGCUACCGGUGGAGGGCAAAUUAUUAACGGUAAAAUUCAAGAAGUAGAGGAGGAGACACAGUAUGGAAAUCGAGCGCGAAUUUUCCGGAUAAACAAAGAUCUUUUGGUGCUAAAGCUUUACUACUUUUUCGCAUUUAGUGCGAAAGCUUGUAUCCAACCAUUCUUUCCGGUGUUUUUACGCCACGUGGGACUAUCAGCUGAACAGACCGGUUAUGUGAUCGGACUGCAACCACUGGCAAAUUUCAUUGGAGCACCCAUCGCUGGCGCUUUAGCGGAUAAAUAUCGAAAACAUAGAGUUGCAAUGUUAAUUAUGUGUAUCGUUUCUUCUGCUCUUCGAUUUUCUUUGGUGUUUCUUCGACCCAACGAGGAACUAAACGCGGCGAAGAACUUUUGUAAUAAUAGCUCAUUUUCUAACAUAACUGGAAAGGAAAGAACCGUACUUAAAAAAAUUUAUUCAAUGAUUCCAGAGAAUCAUUCGUCAUCUUUUUUGGAUAAAAACUGCACAGAUUAUGUCGUUGGAAAUACAACAGAUAUCGUCAAAACUACAGCUAAUCGGGACAACUACAAUAUGUUUGUUCUUAUAUCUGUUCUUUCUUUUGUAUGGUCGCUAUUCGAUGGCUCGAAUUCCAUGGCUGAUGCAGCCACUGUUAAGUACUUGACAGAUAUUGGCAGAGGCGGUGACUAUGGCAAGCAAAGGCUGUGGGGUGCUGUAGGAUGGGGUAGCAUUGCAGUUUUGUCAGGGCUCACAAUUGAUCAAUCUUCCCAGAAUUCAAAUCGGAGUCAGUUUUUCAUAGCAUUCUGUGGUUUCCUGUUGUUUAGCAUUGCAGCUUUUGUAACAGUGUUUAAGUUGCCAUUGGAAUACUUAGGGGGUGAAUCCAAGCCUAAGAUUUUCCAGAAUGUGUUCAUCAUUCUCUCUGACUGUCGCAUUGUGACAUUUUUGGUGGCAAUUCUCAUCAUGGGAGCAUGUUUUUCAACAAUUGGUGCCUUUUUGUUCUGGUUUAUUCAAGACAUGAAUGGCAGCCAUUUGUUAAUGGGACUAACUCUUUGCAUGACAUGUGUCUCAGAAGUUCCUGUUAUGUUUUUUUCUGGGAAGUUAAUUAAAUGUAUUGGCCAUCACGGUGUCCUAUACCUAACGUUUGUGUGUUAUACAAUUAGAUACGUGUUGUACUCAUUCCUUCACAAUGCCUGGUAUGUAUUGGCUGUGGAACCUUUACAUGGUGUGACAUUUGGAGCAAUGUGGGCAGCUACAACUUCCUAUGGGGGUCUUAUUUCACCUGAAGGGAUGCGUGCAACAGUGAUGGGUUUGGUUAUGGCAACGCAUUUUGGUCUGGGAAAACUUAUUGCUGGCUUUGGUGGAGGGGCCAUGUACAGUAGUUAUGGACCAAGAAUUCUUUUUAGAAGUCUGGCUGUAACAAGUGCUAUCACAUGCUUGCUGUUUGCUCUUUUGCAGAGGUUGAUUAAGAGGAAAUCACAAGUGCAUUAUUCAAACUUUCACAAUGAUUCUCAAAAUGACAGUACUUGGGAUGCAGAGAUGAAGGAGAUAAAUUUAGAUUCAGGCGAUGAACUUUGA